AUGAGAAAUAUUACUGGUGCUGUGAAUGCAAGUCGUGAAGAAGUAGUCCAAGCACUUGAUACAAUAAAAAGAACAGCAUCUCAGUCACAUGAUUUUCCACUUCAAAUAAUCCAAAAUACUGUAGUUAACAUGUCUCAAAGUUCUUAUUCCAAUAUGCCAGGUAGAGAGGCAUUAUGUAAACGAAUUGCACGUGUUAGAAAUGAAAACAUACCAUCUCAACCACAAUCAUUGCAAGAUAUUGAUGUUCCCACCCACUUGCACACAACCAUCAGUGGUGAACAGUUUUCGGCAAGAGAAAUAGAAUUAGAUGAAGAAAAGAUUAUGAUUUUUU